GUGGUUGGCGCGCAAGGUACAGAAUGGCGGCGGUGCUGGAGCUGCUGCUGCAGGAGCGGGUCACAGUGGACGAAGUGUUGCGCUGGGUGACGCACACGACGCAGGAAAGCCGUGUUGAUCCCACUCUUGCCUCACUUUACCUGCUUCGAAAAGACUUUGUCCCCUUUUUGCUCAAUUAUCUGCGCGAACAGACCAGUCAGAUCCUGAGUAAUGGUCCUUCUACCCCUGCAAAAACUCCAACUUCCAAGACUAGUGCAAAAGCUGUUAAUGUUAGCAGCCAAAGACCCAUCCCAGAGAGAAGAGCCAACAACUCAGCCGGACAUCGUGGAAGUCGAAUUCAGCUUUUUGCACAAACCCCCAAUAGUUCAUGUGCUUCAGAUACUUCUAUUUUGUCCCCAAACUCUGUAUCAAGUGACUCCUCUUUUAUGACGAGGUCAAACAUGAGUAGAAUAUCUUUACAGACUAGUCCAAAUUCAAGUUGCAGCCCUACCCAACACCACAGUGAAAAGCGAUCAGCACAGAAAUCAAAUUUUGGAAACUUUUUGGUGCUGACUCCAGAAGGACACACGAGUAGAAGAGGCAAAAGGAAGAACAAUACAUCCAAUCGUCAUGCUUCCAAAGACCUAAGCCGGCUCUCCUUGGAAGAUGAGGCGCAAAUGGAGAACAGUAUGUGGAGUUUGCAGAGGAGAAAGCAAGGGUGGGCUAAUACAAGCACCUCACCUGAUAGUGCCCAGCUAAACCUCACCAAUUUGGAAGAAUUUCCUCCCAUGGGAGCUUCCUGCGAGUCUGCAAGCAAAUCAAAACCAUCACGAAGGAUCAAUCCUACUCCGAUCAACGAUGCACAUUCCAAGUCCAGGCUGUGUUUUACCUCCACUCCAAUGGGUCCAUCCAGUAUGAGGCACAGUCGAACAGGAAUGGAUGUGUUUACCAGUGUACAGGAAGGUGCCUGCACCCCUUCCAUGGGAAGUUUACACGAGGAGAGGGAGAUACUGCGCAAAGAAAGGUCCAAACUGCUGCAGCAUACUUCGUCCCCAGUUGUGCUAGAUCCUGUCACUCCUACCAAACAGAGUUACACCAGAAACGCCAGUGUUUCAGUAGAUAUCGUGUCGUAUACUGACCCUGACAAAGUGUCUUGUAAAAGAUAUCUGAAGGUCCUGGCUGAGCUUUAUUCCUCUUGCAUUGCAGAAAAUUUAGUGCCAAAUAUAUUUCUGGAGUUCUUUUUUGUUCUGCAACUGCUAACAUCCAGAGGACCAUCUGGUACAGAUGACUGCGAGCUGGAGAUCACGCGAUGUAUCAAAGAUGCUGUGGAACAGAAACUCUUUCAGAGUGUGCACAAUUGUGUCUGGUUUGCAGUUCUGGUCCUCGAUUUUCAGUUUACUGUGAUUUCGCUCUUGGAUAAAAGCACCUUGAAGCUUCUUGCAGAGAAUGAACGUAUUGGUGCAUUUUCUCCUACCUUGCAAGAGAGACUUUUGGAAGCCUACAGGACCAGUACAGGGAAGGUAUCCCUUCUGCUUCCAUCAACUUUGCAUUCAGUGUCUUUCCAGCCAGAGACUGAUAACCGUUCCAAUUUUCCAAGUGAUAGAUCAUUCCAUAUCUUUAAGAAGCAGAGAGACAUUUUCUAUGAGCUUCUACGCGAGUGGGAGGAUUGCCAUGGAAAGACUGACUGGGAGUUUGAGCGUGGUUUGGGCAAUAAGAUAAGGGCUAUGAUGUUAAACCUCUCUGUAGCCUGUAAUCACAGUCAUUUUGCAAGACUCUUUCAGAGGCAGCUAGUUCAGAUGUGCAAGGGACCCACUGGAGGGAUGGGAGGUGUUGGCAGUGGUGAUUAUCCUGACCAAGAUGUACUCAACAUGCUUGGGUCUGAUAACCUUAACAGAUUGAAACGUCUACAGGAGAGAUUUGUGACUCCUCAGAGUGUUGGUGGCCCUUGUCCUCCUCCUUCUUUUCCUGGGUACCAGGAGUUCUUCAGAGACUUUAUUCUCAGUGCUGGAAACUACCAGUUUAAUCAGCACCUAAUGGAUAGUCUGUGCCAAGAAAUACAAGAGCUGGAUGCAAAUUCCAUUGUGGGGCGAGAGACAACAGAUGUAGAGUUGGAUGUGGAAGAACAGGAUGAAAAAGUACGCUUUGCUUCAAUUCUACUGACUCUACGGCUUCUGGCAAAGUUUCUGGGGUUUGUGACUUUCUUACCGUACAGGACCACAGAAUCUCUCUCCAGCGAAUUACAGGAAUCUGCAGUUUCCUUAAGGAACCAGACCCUCCCAAUGUUAAAUGUCUUGCAGUUGCUCAGACGCUCCAUACAGGACCAUCGUACAGUGUUGACUGUUCCUUGGGCAGUGGAAUAUCUGUCAUUGGUGGAUGGUGUUGCCCCGUACCUUGAUUAUUACAGAAAAGUGUUCUGCCUUUUACUCCAUCUAUACAGGAAUAAAUUGAUCCUGACGGAUGAGAAAGAGAUGAGCUUCUUAAACAAGCUGCUGCUUCUUGCGGUUCUAGGCUGGCUUUUCCAGGUGCCAGCUUUGCCAGAGGAAUUGUUUUUCAACAGUGAAGCUGUUCAGGAUGAGAUUUCAGUGGAGUUGAUGUUGUCCGUACAGGGGCUGGACAGCGUACCAUUGGUGGAUCAACAACUGUUAUACAACUGUUGUCCUUAUAUUGGUGAACUGAAGAAAUUGCUGGUUUCUUUUGUGGCUGGCUGUGGAGCAAAGAAUGGGGGUUUCAUAAGAAAAAUCACUCCCACUGCUGCAGAACCUCUGAUGCCAAAACCAACAUUAUCGCAAAAAAAACUUCAGGCAGAACUGGAACAAGCAUUCUUCCAUAACCAGCCUCCAUCUCUACGUAGAUCCGUUGAAUUUGUGGCUGAACGUAUUGGGUCCAACUGUGUCAAGCACAUCAAGGCGACUCUGGUGGCAGAUCUUGUGAAACAAGCAGAGACCAUCCUGAAGGACAAAGUGACAGAAGACAGUGCAGAAAAUAGCAGGCUGCUGGACAGCGUGUGUGUCAAGCUCUGCGAGGAUGGACGGCAGGCUCUGCACAGAGGCCAAGAAUACUGCAAGAAAAAGGCUCCAGAGGCUGUCAGAACGCUGCUCCCUGAGGAGACGUCUAAAUGUGUUCUGCGUAGUGCUGAAGAAAUUGCUGUGUCCUUGGCAAUAGAGAAGGCAUGCACAUGGUUAAAUACAAACAUCUCAGUAUUAAUUAGGAGGGAGGUAAAGGCUACGUUAAAUCACAUGGUAAAGGCACAAAGUUCAAUAUCCUCAGUAGGUACGGACGUGAAGAAGGGGUGCCGGGAAGGCUGUGAGCACAGAGUAACACUCCCUUCUGUGCUUGUUAUAGAGGUAAAGGAAAUUCUGUGCAUUGCUCUUGGGCCACGUUAUAUUGAGGAAGGAGUGGAAAUUGCAGAACUGGAAAGUUUUAUUGAUCGUCUAUCAGAAACUCUCAAUUGUCGUAAAUAUCUGACCACCACAACAGAGCAUCAUCUUGCUAAAUGCACAGUGGAGCUGGCUUCACAUCUAGUGUCCGAUCAGGUUCCCUUGAUGGGUUCCACAACUUCACAGGCAGAUCCUGUGCAGGCGCAGAACAGGAAGCUUGAAGAAACCAGACGUGUCCUGACAUCUUUACUUAAUGUCUGGAGGAAUGACUUCAGGGUUCCAGUACCUGUACAGCUAAUGCUUAGUCACAAAAAUAUCACUAACAUUAAGCAUAUUCAGAGGUGCAAGUGGGAACUAUUGAUGUUCAUGCUACAACAGCUGGCUGGAAUGGGACUGCUAAAGCAUGCCGAUAUCCGCAGACUGCAGGAAGCCCAGCGGACUUCAGACUUGUUGGUGGAGCUGGAUAGAUUAGUACUUGGAUCUGAAACUCUAAGAAAACCUGAGGAACCAAAAGACUCACCACAUAUACAUGUGAGACACAAAGUAACAGGAAUCAUAGCUCCCAGCUAGUCCCAGAAUCAGUCCUUGUAUAUUCAUUGCUGCUGCUGCUAUUUGUGCUACACUUCUCACCUGUGAGUAAAUAAGGACAAUGAACUGUCAGUGACCAUACACCUGCUACCUGCAGCUAACCCACAAGUGACUCUGACCUGUAAGCACAUCUUUAUUCAGAUUUUAUAUUUAUCUGUAAAUAUUUUAGAGGGAUAUGUGUAUUUUUAUGGAACAGUAACACAGUAAGCAACUGACAUGGAUCUGCAGCACAUGCAGAAUGUGUUUCACUUUCAGUAGACACGUUGCCUAAUAGGCACAGGUGACAGGUCCACUGUCAUCCCUAUUUUACUUACCUUAAAUGUAUUCAGAAAUCUUUGUUUCAAAAAGUGUUGGGACCUAUUCUCAGGCACGGUCUCGUCAAACAGCUGGAUGGCAGGGUGUCUGUAUUCGGACCUCCCACCAAUCAGCUAUUGAUUAGCUAUUCUGAGUAGGUCACCAACAUUUUACUGGCAGAAAACCCCUUGAAAGUAAGUCUGCCACCUCCAAUAUCAGUUUUUAAGCAAGCAUGCCACCAUGUUUGGUGGGUGCCCCAAACCAUACCCUUUUGGUGAAAAUCCAGUC